UCCAGGCUUCCUGCUUAUAAAUAUUCCUCUCUGCUUCUCACAUUGUUCCAGCAGAGGGCAAGGACAAUACAACAGAAUGGCAGCUCCACUUGGACCCAGAGAGACCGGCAAGUUCAUCACUGAGAACAGUAAGGAUGUGUCGGUGGACUCUGAGGGUGCACGGGCUCUCGCUGAGAAACUCUUUGAGAAGAUCGAUCGUAAGGAGCUAACUCUGAAGGGAUGGAAAUUCCUUCAUGAAUUAAACCCACAGGGCUCUGGGGAAGAUGCGGUCAACUGGGUGUUUUUUGCUGACACUUUGAACUUCUCCUUCUGGUCGGAAAAUCAGGACAAGAAGUACUUAGUCAAGUACAAAGGAAAGGAGUAUAGUGGCUACUGGUCAUUUUGCGCUGCCAUAAACCGCGCUUUGGAUGAAGGAAUUCCUAUCACCACCGCAUCUUAUUAUUCUAAUGUAACCCUGGACCAGCUAAAGCAUGUUUUCCGCUCUGACACGGAUGUUCCCAUUACCAUGAUUGAAACCCGUCUUGAGAUCCUUCAUGAGACUGGAAAGAUACUAAUGGAAAAAUUUGGAGGCUCUUUUCUAAACUGCGUAAAGAAAAGUGAAAGAAGUGCAUUAAAACUCAUGCAGCUGGUGGUGGAGAAUUACCCAUCUUAUAGGGAUGAAGCGGUCUUCCAGGGUAAAAAGGUGGCAUUCUACAAGCGUGCUCAGAUCCUUGUGGGUGAUACCUGGGCAGUACUGGAUGGAAAAGAUGAGGGCGCCUUUUAUGACAUCCACAAAAUAACCAUGCUUGCUGACUAUCGGGUUCCUCAAGCUUUGCUCCACUUUGGAGUUAUUGGAUACUCAGAAGACCUAGUGAAAAAGCUCAAAGAAGGUUGGUUGUUUCAGAAUGGAGAUCGGGAAGAGAUGGAAAUCAGGGGCUGUUCUAUCUGGGCUGUGGAACUGAUCUAUGAGCAUUUGCAAGAACUAUUUAAAAAGAAGGGAGGAAAAAUAAGCAAUGAAGUCAAUCCUAUACUCAUCAAUAAUUUCCUGUGGGACUUUGCACGUGACAACAGGAAGGCUGUGGAUGUUGUUCCCUUUCAUAGAGUGCGCUGUAUCUAUUACUAG